CUGCAGGCUACAGUCUACAUAAGAAUCUUGGCGUUGAAGUCAAUGCGGAUGCUAUAAAGGACAUGAAACAUCGAAAUCUGUGCUUAAGAUCUGAGACUUGAAUCACAUGGUAAUCCGAUAAUCUCGUACACUUCAGAGUUUCGACAAUUCCGGACAGAACCCUAAUCUCUCCGGAGAAGGCGCUACCAUAUUUACAAGUGCAAGAAAUGGCUUCUGAAAUCGAGGUUGUGUCGGACCCCAACGAUCAGAAGAGCCCCGCCCAACAAAACCCUAGCGAAGUAGUCGUGUUCGAUGUGCACUCCGCUUCUGCCUAUGGAGACUUACAGAAGCUCCGGAACUUCGUCGAGCACGACGGCGCUUCCCUAUCUCACCCGGACGGGAAUGGCUACUAUCCCCUUCAGUGGGCUGCUCUCAACAACUUCGCCGACAUCGUGCAGUAUAUAAUUGAGCAUGGAGGUGAUGUGAACGCUAAGGAUCAUACCGGGCAGACUGCCUUGCAUUGGUCUGCUGUUCGUGGUUCGAUUGCUGCGGCAGAUAUUUUGUUGCAGAAUGGGGCACGGGUUGAGGCAGCUGAUGUUAAUGGCUAUAGGGCAGUUCACAUAGCUGCUCAGUAUGGACAAACAACUUUUCUUUAUCACAUAGUCACAAAGUAUCUUGCUGACUUUGAUGUACCGGAUAACGAUGGAAGGAGCCCUCUUCACUGGGCUGCAUACAAGGGAUUUACUGAUACAGUUCGGUUACUUCUGUUCAGAGAUGCCUCCCAAGUCAGACAAGAUAAAGAUGGAUGCACCCCCUUGCAUUGGGCUGUAUUAAGAGGAAAUAUAGAGGCAUGCAAUGUACUUGUACACGCGGGUACGAAACAGGAAUUGGCAGUAAAAGAUAAAACUGGAUGUACACCGGCAAAAAUUGCAUCUGACAAAGGUUAUCGGCACAUCGCCCUUUUACUUACUAAUGUAGAACGCACACAGAGCAAGCGAGGGAAAGGCAAUUGUUGUUCACGAAUAGGAGGCGAUAAUGGUUAUGCCCCCAUUUUAUUCAGUGUAGUUGCAAUUAAUAUCAUUCUUUUCAUCGGUUCUGUUAUCGUUGCUCCUAAUCUUCCAAAGGCCACAGCUGUUGUUGCACUUUGGGGAUGGAUUGGUGUUUCCAUGGGAGUUGCAGCUCUCUUAAUGCUCGUUCGUUGUACUAGUAAAGAUCCAGGUUAUAUUAAGACGGGAACCAGUAAACAUUCUGAUUCAGAGGAUCCUUUGUUGAAUAUUGAUCUGAGUAACUCGUCCAUUUGGAUUGGGAAUUGGUCUCAACUCUGCCCCACCUGCAAGAUAAUAAGACCACUUCGGUCCAAACACUGCACUACAUGCAACCGCUGUGUGGAACAGUUUGACCAUCACUGCCCCUGGAUAUCAAAUUGCGUGGGAAAGAGGAAUAAGCGAGACUUCUUCAUUUUCCUCUGCAUGGGUACUCUGACAUCACUAAUCGGGGCUGUAGUCGCAGUUCAUAGAAUCUGGAUCCCAGUACUGGCAUCAGGAGACGAUGGAUCAUGGCUGCAUCGUGUGGUUUCUGAGCAUCCUGGUUUAUUUGCUUUUCUCUUUAUGGAUGCGGUUAUUUUCAUUGCUGCUUUUACUUUGUUCGCUGUCCAAACAUACCAGAUUGGUCGGAAUAUAACAACCAACGAACAGGCUAAUGCUCGUCGGUAUGGGUAUCUUCAUGGUCCAGAUGGUCGGUUUCGCAACCCCUAUAACUAUGGAUGUCUGAAGAACUGCUCGGAUUUCCUAAUCCACGGCUACACCAACGACAACGAGAUUGCGUGGCCACCAUUGCCGCAGGCUGUCAGGUAGCAGUGAAGAUAUGGUUGCACAUAGAAAUUACCUUUAGAAGAUACAAAUGCCCAUUGCCACUUUGCUGUGUGUAAUACAGUUCUAUUCUUCAAGUGAUUCUUCUCUGGCUCUCUCCCAUUUGUAAUUUUGUAUACCUUGACUUGAAUGAUGAAAAAUGGAAGAUGGAAUAUAAUGUAGGGUGUUCUGCACAGAUGUGUAUUGUUACUUGA